AUGCUGAAAUCGAUUUAUGCCGAAGCGCCACUCGUUGGACAUCGACACCGCUCAAGCAGGCGUCACCACAAUGGAGAUGCGCAUCUGCUUUGCGAACAGGUUGUGCAACCAAGACAAUGCCCGGUGCCGCCGCCUGUUGGUGUGAUUGGGCCGGCAAAAGACCCCACAGGUGUUCCUCCACUUGAACUUCCUCAGUCCGCCGUCGACAACUUCAUCUUUCACCCAAUCGUCGAGGAAGUGGAGGAAUACACCCACGACAGCAUUGAUGGAUCCGGCGCGAAGUCAGGUCCGUUGCUCCGGGCGCUGCUGUCUUUGGUGUCAUUCGAGACGGAUCCAGAUUUUUACUUCCUCCUCCUGUCUCCCAUGCUCCAAUGCUUUAACAGCGAGAAUGUGGAGGCGCACGAGCGGCAUAACUGCUCGUCCGUGAGCAUCGACACAGGCGACGUUUUUAGUGCGCUGGAGAGGAAUCGGCUCCCACCGGCUGGCGAAGGCGUGCAACACUUGACUCGGCAAGCCUAA